AUGUCAUCCAUACAACACCAACAACAACAAGAGGAAGAAGAAGAAGAGUUGAACAUGUAUAGUGAAACUGUGACAAUAACAUCCAACAAGAACCAACUAAACGAUGAGGUGGACGAUACAAAUACUGCCGAUGACGACAGCAGCUCCAGCAGUGACGACGACGACGACGACGACGAAUUUGAUUUCAUUGAAUCCAAAUGGGAAAACAUGGUAGAAACUGGCGUCGUUGUCAAUUGGCCAGGAAGUUCGAGGGCCUUGACAAUAUCGACCAAAUUGGAAGAAGAUAACAUUGCUCCCCUCUUUAAUGGUACCCAAUGGGCUGGCACUCGCGUAUGGAAGGCGGCCGUCUUGGCGGUGGAAUACUUGUGGGAACAUCAUCGCCAUACUACUGAUGGCGAUAAAUCCAUGCUGGAAUUGGGUUGUGGAUUGGGUGUUCCUGGAAUGGUCUGGCAUUUGUUGCACAAGGAACAAAACAAGGUUGUAUUAACAGAUCAACCAUCCCUAGUGUCACAAUUGCAAGAGAAUGUGGAGCACAAUUUUCCAGCUUCCUCCGAGGCCAACACCAACACCAACAACAAUAACAACAACAAUAAUACUAAGAAGAAGAAGAACAUGAUUCAAGCCAAGCCAUUGAGUUGGUCCAAGGAAGGAUUGACAAAGUUGUUGGAAGAAUGUGAUGGUGACGGCGAAGACAAGUUUGACAUUUGUCUCAAUUGCGAUUGUGUCUAUGAACCCUUGUAUGGUCGGGAUUCGUGGGAAGCCUUGGCCGAUAUUUUGGGAGUCAUGGCCAAGGCAAGUCCCAAUACCUUGUUGGUGACCAGUGUGGAACGACGCAAUGGGGAUGGAUUGGAAAACUUUAUUGAACGAUUGGAGGCUACUGGGAAUGUCGAACCAAUGAAACAAGUCUUGAGGAAUGCUGAUGACAAGCAUCAUGUCAUUGAAAUCUACAUUACUCGUGGGAAGAGUAAUAGGAGUAUUAGUUCCUAA